UUCCUAUUGACCAAUCUGGGAAAUUCAUUUAUGGAAUAGUAACUUAUUUACUUCUGCUCUUAGGAAGACAUCGACCGAUCACAAUGAAAUUGUGGUGAGCAGGGCAGAUUCUUCACUGUUUUUCUAGAAAACCAGGUGUCCCCUAUCUUAGAUCUGGUAACUCCUACCUCAGUGCAGACCCUGACCUUCCUCCUUCUUGAAAUUCAAUUGGUGAGACUGAUGUGAGGCUGGCAGUCCACCAAGACCCAGACCCAGAUGUCAACCACCCUUCUGUUGCUCCACUUGAUUCUCCAUAAAGGCAGAACCUGACCUUAGUCCCUCUUGAAACCCAUUGGGUUGGACUCAGGUGAAGAUGGAGGACCACCAAGACCCUGAGAACCUUCCUCUUUGCCCUGCUAGCAAGUUGGUGGUCCACCGAGACCCUGAGUCCACCCUCAGAAUCCAUGUGAUCCUCCCUAAAUGCAGGACCUGGCCUUUGUCCCUCUUAAAAUCCAUUGAGUUGUACUCAUGUGAAGACGGAGCUCCACCAAGCCCCUGAGAACCUUCUCCCAUAUCCUGGUGGCCACCUGGUGCUCCACCAAGACCCUGAGGUCCACCAUUCUUCUAUUGGUCCACCUAAUUCUCCAUAAAGGCAGAACCUGACCUUUGUUCCUUUUGAAAUCCUUUGGGUUGGACUCAGGUGAAGAUGGGGGGAGGGGUCUACCAAGACCCUGAGAUCCUUCUCCUUUGCCCUGCUAGCAAAAGUUGGUGGUCCACAGAGAAUGUGAGCCACGGGUCCUCUAGCCUGAGCUCAGAACUUUCCACCAAAGGUGCAAGCUCCCACAGAUCUUAGGACUUUCCAUCAAGCAGAUCUUGUCCAUCUCAGAGUUAACAGGGAGGAGAAGGAGCAGGAGGAGACAGGGCCGGCUUCUCCUUUAAGGGGCAUGGCUCUACACAACAGAUCCCUUUUUCUUUGGAGGAUCUGAGGGGGCAGAGAGAAAUCCAGCGAAGUGAGGAGGAGGAGAAGAAGACCGGGUUGUCCUAGCUGAAGAAGAGACCAGUUGCACUCCACCUGAACCCCAAGGCGAUGGAUAAUGUUAGCGGCGGGCCUGAACCCCAACCAACCACGGCUCCGCAGAACUCGAACCCGGAUCCAGUUCCCCGAGCCGGUUCUCCAGGUCUGUUAGAGUGCUGUGCCCGCUGCCUGGUGGGGGCGCCUUUCGCCUCGCUGGUGGCCACGGCCCUGUGCUUCCUGGGGGUUGCGCUCUUCUGCGGCUGUGGCCACGAAGCCCUGACCGGCACAGAGCACCUGAUCGAGACCUACUUCUCCAAAAACUACCAGGAUUACGAGUACCUAGUCGAUGUGAUCCACGAUUUCCAGUACGCCAUCUAUGGGGUGGCCGGCUUCUUCUUCCUCUUUGGUGCCCUCCUGCUGGCUGAAGGCUUCUACACCACUGGCGCUGUCCGGCAGGUCUUCGGCGACUACCGGGCCACCGUCUGCGGCAAGGGCCUGGGCGCCACGGUAGGCCACAAGGGGAGGGGGCCCCGAGGACACCGGCCCGGCCGCUCCUGGGAGCUGGUGUGUCACUGUGUGGGAAAAUGGCUGGGCCAUCCUGAUAAGUUCGUGGGCAUCACCUAUGUCCUGACCGUCCUCUGGCUCCUGGUCCUGGCCUGCUCGGCCGUCCCCGUCUAUGUCUACUUCACGGCCUGGACCACCUGUAAUUCCAUCGCCAACCCCACCAAGACGGCCGCCGGCAUCGGGAACCUCUGCACAGACGCCCGGAUGUAUGGUGUCCUGCCAUGGAAUGCCUCCCCGGGAAGAGUGUGUGGCCAGAGCCUUCUCUCCAUCUGCAAGACAUCCGAGUUCCAGAUGACGUUCCACCUGUUCAUCGCGGCCUUUGUGGGAGCGGCAAUCACCUUGGUGGCUCUGGUGACGUUUAUCAUUGCAGCCACCUACAACUUCGCCGUCCUGAGGCUGAUGGGCCGGGGAACAAAAUUCUAACCUGGCACCUGCCCGGGCCGAGAGACUCCCUCCCUCCCUCUUCAUAAUAAUAAUAACAAUUGGUAUUAUUUGCACCCUGGACUGGUCUUCUAACCGCAAGGCUCUAACCAGGCAGCUGCCGACCUCCUGCUCUAACUGCCCGCCAGCCAAUCGGCUCAUCCCCAUUUGCCGGGGUUGGACUAGAUGACCCGGGGUCCCUUUUCAAAAGCAACCAUGAUUCUAUGAUCUCACUCGACCCAGCCGGACCCAAAAAUGGGAUUAUUCCCAGUCCGGGGAUUUCGUCGGCGCAGGAAACCGAUGUCGGAGCGAGAGAGAGGAGGUCCUCCAACCUGUUAGUCCUGCUUUUCGGAGGAAAAAUCACUCCAGCCCCUUGAAGAUCCCCAAAAGAAAGUCCUUUUUUUGGAAAAAAAUAAUUGCAGUUUUAUGCUCCAAACGGGAAAUCAUUGAAUGGGAUGACACCAUUUUUUUGUAAGAGGCUAAUAAAAACAUACACGUAUAUAUAUGUUUUUGUGAAAACCGACUGUUCUUAACACGGCGUGCGGAAAGCUGAGAUAACGAAGGAUAAUGUCGAAAAUAAAUAACGAAGGACAAAUAACGAAGGAUAAUAUUGAAAUAAAAACGAAGGGUGAAUUUCACGAGAA